AUGUCUUUAUUGCAACUACCGCUUGCCGGCAAGACGGCUCUUGUGACUGGCGGUAUCAGGGGAAUUGGACGUGGCAUUUCCCUGGAACUUGCUCGCCGAGGUGCCAGCGUUGCCAUGGUAUAUGCUAACCCGAGCCGUGCUGAGACCGCAAAGGAAGCAGUGAAAGAAGUCCUUUCCCUUAAUUCUGGCGCAAAGGCAGUCAGCAUUUUGGCAGACCUGAAGAUAUCCAGCAACUAUCAAAAAAUCAUCGACGAAGCUCUGCGAGAGUUGGAUGUUGAAAACAUUGACAUUGUUGUUCACAAUGCAGCUUAUGCCGCACCCAUAUCAACCGAAACCACGACGGAAGCAAUUUACGACGAUACGAUGGCGACAAACCUGCGAGCUCCGUUUUUCCUUACUCAAAAGCUGCUCCCGUAUAUACCACGUGGAGGGCGCAUUAUUCUUAUUUCAUCUAUUGCAGCUAGGCGGUUCUCGUUUGGAAUGCACCAAACUGCCUAUGCCAUUAGCAAGGCAGCUGUCGAGGCGUUGGCUAGAAACUGGGCUGUUGAGUUUGGCCAAACUCGCGGUAUUACUGUUAAUGCACUAUCGGUCGGGUUUGUUGAAACGGAAUUGGUGCAAAGCCUCUCCCCUGAAGCUCUGGAAGCGUAUCGCAAAGAAAACGCGCGUGUGACUGCAGCUGCCCCUAGGAGCGGCACGCCAGAUGAUAUUGCCCAGAUAGUGGCCUUCAUUGCUGACGAAGGAUCUCGUUGGGUGACUGGAAGUACCAUUUCGGCCAAUGGCGGGAAUUUUUACCUCUGCAUCCCGGAUAUCCCCUCGACGAGUAUCCAUCUCGCUUCAAAACCGGUUAUCAAGGCCAUGCAAGACAUCAGGGACAAGCAGCCACUUGACGCCACCGCCCUGCGAUUGCUCUUCAAAUGCAAACCGCUCAUCGGGGACUCCCUCUCCAAGCCCGCGCAGGAGAUUGCCAUAAUGAACUUGCUCCUGUCCAACAAUUCGCCACUGGGUCUCCCUGCUCUCGGGAUCUGGCGUUCCGUGGUCAACUCCGCCACCUUCACGCGACAGCCGGCAUGCCAAACGCCAGGCUUCGUGCGCAAGAAAGUCGAGUUCAACGGCAACUAA